AUGUCCAUGUCAUUUGACUCGCCGUCGUUCAUCUACAAGACACCAGAGCAAUGCCGGCAGCGGAUAUCAGAUGCUGUGUAUAGUAUUGAUAGUGAGGAAUGGCUUUUUUGCAACGGUCUGAGCUCUAUCAUGUCUCCAUGCUCUCAAAGUGAUGAACAAGACAAGAAUGUAGCAAACUCGUGGAAUGGCACGAACUUACAUUAUCGACGGCGUAAUCGGCUUGAAACGAGGCUAGAGGAGUUGCAAAAGGACGUGGACUGUCUUUCACAUAAGUUACGGGCUAAUGUCGACUCUAGUAUGACGCUGGAUACUUCUAGCUGCCUUGCAACGUCGAGGGAGCGGAAGAAUGAGCUGGAAAGCUUCAAGAUGUCUGGGCUAGUGGAUAAGAGACGAAAUGGGAGCAGGGAGCAGCUUUCAGAGACUGCUCGAACCGUUAACAGCACUGUAAAGGCGCUCAGGCAACUAAAAGAGGUCACUGCAGAGAAGGAUCAGCUUAAGCUUGAGCUAGAGAGAACUAAGAGAGCACUGGAUGCUGCAGAGAAGAAAUGCAAGAAUGCAGAAAAGAGCAAAAAGGCAUAUGACAAGCUCAAGGCACGCUGUGACUUGCUCCAAGACUCACUGCAGCUGUCUGAAAAAAUCCGACUGCGACAGAAAAAGGUGAUGAAGCAUUUGCAAGUGCAACAGCAAGCAAAAUCUGCAAAGAAAGAGAGUGAGGAACAAAAGAUGAAAAACACAGCAGGGAUGAAGACGGUAUCAAGGCUCGCUAAAGAAAGUACUUUUUGUCAUAAGACAGCGACGCCAUCAUGGCAAGAACUAAACGCAAGACGGGAUACUACUGCUAGAAAACAUGCACACACAAUAUACGAUGCUAUGGACUCUUGCACCGUUUCGGAUGAAGAGCAAGACAAAGACAAAAAGACGGGUCUUGAUACUCAUGAACAAGCACCCAGCAAGCCGACUGCAGCAUGGAGACCACAAAAUCCACACUCGAUGUUGAAACCUGCUACGCAGACUGCUAUUCAGUCAUGUAUUGAUAGGCAGCCUCAUUCUAGUAUCUCCCAGAUCAGCAGCGUACGUUCAAGUCGAAUUGCUACCAAUAUCACUCGGCCAACAAGCCAAGUGCAAGUGCAACAGCGUAAGGCCAUGCGCCAGGCAGCAAUAUGGGCGCGAAGUCGAGGAGCUGCAGUUGACAUUUCUACUUCAACAGUACCAAAGACAACAAGGAAAAACUCCAGCAGUGCUCGACCGAAAAAUAGUUUUCUUGCUCCCACGCAAGCUAGUUUGCGCCGGGUACACGAUCUUCACCGUCGAGGUGAUCACGGUAGACCUCUAUUUGUUGUGUAG